AUCGACACUGUAUAAAGGUAAUCAGGGUGGGUCAAGGGUCAUCCGGAGGUCAACAUUUCAGCACCGCCAUGUUCUGUGUGUUUAUUUUGGGCGGAGAAAAAUAAUGCAGCUUUUUUACGAUAUUGGGGCACUUCAAAACAUAAAACUAGUACAGAUGCCAGAUUGGUGAUAUUGAACUAAAUGCAACAGACAACUAUUAACUACAGACAUGUGGUCUCACACCAGGAAACCCAAUGGCAAAGAACUGAGAGAAGAAUGGACUGUACAUGAAAGAAGAGAAGAAAGACACGGGAACUGUGCAACAUCAAGUUUUACCACAAAUUUAGUCCCAAAGCAUACAACUAACAUGUGGAAAACACCAGUGAGUAGCACAACAAGCAUUGGAUUCAAUGAACACACACAAGAAUGUCGCUGGGAUGAAAGCAAUAGAAAAGACAAGCACCAGAACAAUCCUCAUCGUUUACAACAUCACAGGGAAGAUCAGACGUGGGCAUGCUAUCUUUGUGGCUCAGAAUUCAGCUCGACAUUAAGCUUAGACAAACAUAUCAGCGUCCACAUGUCAGCUUCUGACGGAACGCGUAACACUGAGACCCACCAUGGUAUAUACACACCUGACUCGUCUACCCAACCAACUCCUGUGCAAACCCACCCCAUAGAAAGGAUCUUUCCAUGCAGUUUUUGUGAGAAGAACUUCACCAGUAAGGCGUAUAUGAAGAUACACAUGCGUGUACACACCGGCGACAAACCGUACAAGUGUCAGAUGUGCGACAAAUCGUUUAGCCAACACGGUACCCUGAAGAAUCACACCCGUACACACACUGGCGAGAAACCUUUCGCCUGCGAGUUUUGCGGUAUGACUUUUACAAGCAGGGGUAACAUGAUAACACAUACACGUAUUCAUACCGCGGACAAGCCUUACGAAUGCCAAAUAUGCCAGAAGAAGUUCAGUCAACUCGGAAGUCUUAAAGUUCACGAGCGUAAACACACUGGAGAGAAGCCAUUUGUGUGUCAGUUGUGCGGUAAGAGGUGCAUCACGAAGGGUAACCUUAAAACUCACCUUUAUACUCACACAGGUGAGAAACCGUACCGUUGUGAUGUAUGCAACAAGAAGUUUAGCCAAAGAGGAAGUCUUAACACUCAUAUGAAGACACACAAGCUGUGACUAUCAAAAACCAUUUUAUUAUGUUUCCCCACAAGAUAACAUAUUGUUUUUGAUGGAGUGUUCUUCUGUCAUGAACCAAUUAGAGCUUAGAACUGCUGGUGACAUUACAGGGCUCGAAACUCAUUUUUUUAUUAGGUGCACUGGUGCACCCAGCUUAAAAAAUUGGGUGCACCAAAAAAUUUUUGGGUGCACCACUUAAUUUUAAGUAAUAACCUAAUGAUAAAACUUAGUUAUAAGCUAUCAACUUCUUUAACAGGUACCAUGACAGACAUUUUUAUCUAACUAACAUCUUUCUAAUACUUAGAUGCCAAGAAUAUGAUGUUUACUAGUAUACUUUGAUAUCUUUACAUACAUAAAUGUAAGAAAAUAUUUGGGUGCACCUUGUGCACCCACAGAAAAUUAUUGGGUGCACAGUUCCAAUUUUGGGUGCACCUGGGUGCACAUGCACCCAGUAUUUCAAGCCCUGCAUUACUAUAUUUAUUUGAGCUGUUGUUCCUGACUAUUCUGCACCUGCUUUAUACCAUUUACACAAUUACAGCAUGGUUACAAACUUUUAUUUUGGAAACGGCCAAUUGAUGUUCGCGUUGAUGUAAUCAAAUAAACACUGCCUUAUGACACAAAAUGCAGAUAGGAUUAUAAAGGGGGCAUACUUUAAACUUGCUGCAACACAUUAUCAAC